AUGACGUCCAAAACAGCCUCCAUGUACGGCACAACAGAUCAUUGGGCUCCUGGCUUUCCCGUGGCCAAUGCGCGACCCUCUGACCGACAAUUCUUAUUUCAAUCCAACUUCGAACAAACAAACUCAAACGAUCACGACUUUUGCAAUAAAUCUACUGCCGAACCCUUUAUCCACGAUUUCAAAACACAGUCCAGCAGAAAUGCGCCUCUUGGAGUCUCCACAGCAGGCUUGUAUUCAUCGCCUGCUAUGUUUACGGCAAGCAACACCCAGAUAGAGCCGUAUGGCUCUGCAACGAUUUCGCCAAUAGACACAAGUUUCGAUGUCGACCACGCGUCACCUGGCUCCGACACUAAAAUAUCGUUCGAUAGUCAGAUGCGCCAUACCGCCCCGUCGAACUAUGAAACUUUCAUCAACGAUACCGACUCUUUAUCGUCAAAGCGCCGCUGCGACAGUCUGCAAUCCAACUUCGAACCGCACUUGGUAUCGACGCCACAAGUGCAAGUAGGACGGAGACGUGGAUCAGAGUAUGCAGAACCAGGAUCCGCGCGAGCCAUAUACCUUGAGAAGAAUCGUAAGGCUGCGAGCAAAUGCAGGAACAAACAGAAGAGGCAGCAGGAAGAGUUGGUGGAAACAGCACGGGACGUGGAACGACGAAACAAGAUACUCAAAGCCGAAGUUGAGUUACUGAAGAGUGGCAUGCGAGACUUGAUGGAGCUCGUUGGCCAGCAUACGGAUUGCCCCGAUGCUCGGUUGAAACUAUACCUACAGCGCGAGGCAGACCGAUUGGCAAUUGGAGGCCAGCGAAACGCUCUGCCUUCACCACUGUCAGGAAGUUCCUACUCUGGCCCCGGCUCAGUUGACAAGGUCUCAUCUCCGGAAGACGAGUGA